UGCAACCAGGUAGUAGCCAAAAGUUUUCCACUUUCGGAUAACAGCUACAGUAAGAAACGACACCAUAUAAGGGACAACACGUUGGCAUCCAAGUGGACUGAGAAGCCUCUUCCUCUCUCAAUCUCACACAAACGCAGUGCAUAAGCUCGUGGUGGUCGACGCAGACGCAGACACAGACAGAGCCGAGGAGGGACGAGGGAGGAGAUAGGAGGAAUAGGGAUCUUUAGAUAUUCCAUAUAGUAUUUCCUUAUUCUUCGAGAUCCUCUGGUUCGGUACGUCCAUGCUGAGUUCCUGCUAAGAUGCGAAACAUGGGGAGUGCCGUCUCUGCUAGAGGCGUCGCAGCCAUCGUAGGCGUUGGACCAAAGCUUGGCCGCUCUAUCGCCCGCAAGUUUGUCCACGAAGGCUACACCGUUGCCAUUCUCUCUCGUGACCUUGGAAGACUCUCAAGAUACGCAGACGAGAUUGCUAGAGAAGAGAAAGCGCAGGUAUUCGCAAUCCGCAUCGACUGCUCCGACUCUCGGAGCGUGAGAGAGGGAUUCGAAGGGGUUCUGUCCCUUGGGUUCGUGGAGGUUCUGGUCUACAACGCAUACCAGCCAGUCUCAUGGCAACCCACCAGCAUCGCCGACAUCCCCGUCGAUGCAUUCCAGAAGUCAAUCAAUGUCUCCACCGUCGGCGCUUUCCACUGCGCUCAGCAGGUUCUUCCGGGCAUGGUGGAUAGAAGGAAAGGGACCAUUCUCUUCACAGGCUGCUCUGCUUCCCUCAAUGGCAUUCCUGGUUUCUCUGAUCAGAGCUGUGGAAAAUUCGCACUAAGGGGACUGUCGCAAUGCCUGGCCAAAGAGUUCCAACCUUUGGGCAUCCACGUCGCUCACAUUAUCAUCGACGGCAUCGUUGGCACACCUAAAUGGGCAUCAGCUUCGACAUCACAGAGAUCAUCGCAGCAUCAGAAGCAACAGCAACAGCAACAGCAACAAAGUCGAGGAGGGGAGGAGUCGAUGGAUCCGGAUGCGUUGGCUCAGACCUACUGGUAUUUGCAUAUCCAAGACCCAUCCGGUUGGACCCAGGAGAUUGAUAUUCGAUCUCCCACCCAUAGAUAUUUCUGAAUUCUCACAUUUGAUUUCACCCACCCUCUUCUUAUAUUCUGUUCCUGUUAAUCACCUCUUAAUUGUUCUAUGAUAGUCAGUAGUUACUUCCUCAGGCAGCCUGCGACAUCCUUCGAAAUCGACAGGUCUCGGGUACAUUGUCUAAUACAGUGGUUCUGAGUGGUGUAUAGUCCUGUAAUAUGUACUUGCAACCUAAUGUCCAAUAAAUGGAAUAAUGAUGUACGAUACUAUCUUUUGUUU